AUGUCUGAUACCCGAUCCUCAACGGGUGCUUCAUUGCCCGAUGUUUCCCCUCCGCGACAUCCCAAAAGGCGACGGGCGCGCCACAACAAAUCCCGCAAAGGUUGUUACACCUGCAAGCUCCGUCGGGUGAAGUGUGAUGAAGUAAGACCGGUUUGUGGCGCGUGUUCCUUUCGCGACGAACCAUGCUCAUUUCCGCCACCAGAUGAGCAUGUAAUUCCCACAAGUACAGGGCGUGCUCGUCGCCUUGCGAGCAACAAUGUAGGGCAGCCAUUACGGCCGUUAGAUCUGCACAUACCACCGCUGUCUGAAUCAGCGGAGGUCUCUCAUCACAACGAGAGCCUUGACAUGCCAGACAUGAGUCUCUUGACGCAUUUCAUGGUCCAUGUCUCUGACAGAAUGGCUCUCCAUCCGGAGCGAAAAUUGAUCUGGCAGCGAGUCAUCCCAACCCUGGCUACAGAAGAAGAGUAUCUGAUGCAUCUUCUCCUUGCGCUGGCCGGCACGCAUGCACUAUGCGAGGCAGACUCUCCCGAAACGAAUUCAUUAAACCCAAAUAUUGACCCGAAUAUCCACAACAACCCUGAGGCAAAUUCUUUUCGUGAUUAUUACCGGAUCCUCGAUCACCACCAGAAAGGCCUUGAAGGCUUCCGACACGCAUUAUCAGAAGCGACAGCUAGUACAGCCGAAUACAUCUUCUGUGGCUCCCUCCUAAUUAUCGCUUUUGCCUUUGCUUCCUUGCGCAUUCGCGCCUUAGGCGAUAAGGGGAUGGGCUUUCACAAUGGUGACUCAGCCGGAGAACCCUGGAUUGACUGGCUGCACCUAGUCCGCGGCUUGGGAGCCUUCGUAGGAGAGCACUAUGCCGUCCUUCGGAUCAGCAGAUUACGGACAAUAAUGAAUUAUUCUCACGCAAAUGAGCACUGGAAGGACUUUCCGGCCACAUCAUCAACACCGGUGUUUCCACGUCUACAAGGCGCCCCCCCUCGAUUUAUCCGCUUCGCCCAAGGCGCCGCUCAGCAGAUUUCCUUAUUGCGUGCCUUCGCAAACACUCUUACCCAGGACUAUGGGAUAAACAUGGAAGACACUCCAAGCCCAGAUUCCUAUGGAUCUCCCAACAUCCAAACGAUCCCAGAACUUCUACGCGAACAGAUCAGCACGAUCGAUCGUCUUGAGGACAUGUACAUGCGCACUCUCUACGUCUUUCGGUUCACAGCUAGUGAGCGCGAUAGCUCCGUCUCAAUGGACAUUCAGACCGAUCUCGAAGAUGCCGCUGUCCUGUCGUGGCCGCAUCUCAUAUCACAAUCGUUUAUUUUGUCGAUACAGCAGGGACAGGAUGCUGGUAUCAUCGAAGGCUUUUCAUAUGUGAUCCUGGCACAUUUCUAUGUGAUGUUGCUUUUAUUUGAGGAUCUGUGGUAUCUACGAGGGACGUUUCCAAGAGAGAUCCGGAACACCCAUAUGCUGGUUGUGAAGCUGGGAGAUGGAGCGCUGAUGCCUCUGAUGCAGUGGCCGAUGGCAAUGCAGGAAGAGUAA